ACUUGACAAACAAUACCUGGCUUUGUGGUCGGAAGCCUUUAUACAUUUGUAAUUUUCAAUAAAUAAACAUGCCUAAAGUCGUAUCGCGCAGCAUUGUUUGCUCUGAUACAAAAGAUCAGGAAGAAUACAAUGAGGAGAAGCCAUUAAAUAUAUAUUACUGUCUGUGCAGCAAAAUGUCACUAAUUCUAGAUUGCACGUUGGACCAGUUGCCGCUGCGUGAAGCGGACAAUGCUCGUGUUAUAGAUGCCAACGAUCAUGCCAAUAAGCUAACCUUUAACCCAGCCCCAAAAAUGAUCUACAUACGACGCAAGGGCAAGGGAAUUGAGAAGCAAUACCGCUACAAGUGCCGUAGCUGUAGUCUGCCCUUGUACUAUCGACACAGUUCCGACUCGCACGUUACCUUCGUGAUGAACAACGCUCUGGUGCGCAACAAGGGUGAGCAGCCGUUGGCCCAACUACUGGCAACGGAGGCGAAAACAAAUGCAGCCAACGCAGCUGCUGCGGCGAAUGUGCCGCCGCCAACUGGCGAGGAUUCGGGCAUUGUGGACGCCAGUGGUAAAAAGGUUAUGGUCACUCGACAUACCAAAAAUAUGGGCAAAUUUAGCUCCGUCACUGUAUCCACCAUCGAUGAAGAGGAGGACGAAAUUGAAGCGCGCGAAAUUGCUGAUAGUUAUGCUAACAACGCUCGCAUUAUCGAGAAGCAGCUGCAGCGUAAGGGAGGCAAGCUGGCUGAUCUGGGCGCCAAGCCUAAGGUGGAUGAUAUGCCACCGCCGCCCCAAAAAAAACAAAGAGGAACUCUACUGGAGCGAUAGCUACUACUCAAAUCACGCCAUAUUGCGAAAUAACGCCUACCAAUUUAAUAAUUUGUGAAUAUGAUAAAAGUUCAGAGUACUCUGAAAUUUUGAUAUCAAUUUCUCAAUUCGCCCUUCAUUUACUUAGUUGACGUUGGAGCGAGCGUACUUUUGCAAAGCUAUAAAGCUUGCAAACGAAAUUAAUCGGGUUUUAUUUAGCAACAGGAUUGAAUAAUAUAAUAAAAUAUUUAUAUAAUCGAA